AUGUCGUCGUCGUCAAAAAGUACAACGUAUUAUGCGCUUCUGACAACCACCGUCACUUCUGCCGUCAUCGUCUUGGGAACCGUCCUUUCCCUGGUCUCAAUCGGCGGUGAGAUCCGUCAGUUCGAGCAGGACUUCAUCCAGGACAUGGGCACUUUCAAGGUAAUCUUAGAGCGAAAAUGAAGAAAAUUCUGAAUUCUCUCAGGAGAAGGCCAACGACGCCUGGCAGACGAUGAUGAUGUCGCGACGCGCUGAGGCUCCAUCGGAACGCGCCGCCUUCGAGGGACUUUUGCGAUAUCGCAGAGCUGGCGGCUAUGCGACCGGAGGCGGCGGUGGCGGAGGAGGAUACGCGACUGGUGGCGCUGCUGCCGGCGGAGGUGGAAGCUGCGACUGUGCGGCUAAGGCUUCCGGCUGUCCAGCUGGACCACCAGGACCACCGGGUCAACCUGGAGAGCCGGGAGAACCCGGAGAGAAGGGAGCUGACGGAGCUGCUGGUGGAUCCGGCCAGAGUGAUACCUACGCCGGCGCGGCCGGAAACUGCAUCGCCUGUCCAGCAGGACCGCCAGGACCACCAGGACCAGACGGAAACGCCGGACCGGCUGGACCCGACGGACCGCCAGGAAACCCAGGACAGAGCGGAUAUCUCGGCGAGCCUGGACCAGCCGGACCUCCAGGACCGCCAGGACCUGACGGACAGCCAGGUCAACCCGGAGCUGAUGGACAGCCGGGAGCACCAGGAACCAAGACGAGCAGCACGCCCGGACCGGCAGGACCAGCCGGAGCUCCAGGACCGGCCGGUCCAGCUGGAGAGAGUGGCGGAUACGCGACUGCCGGCGCGCCAGGACCAGCCGGACCUCCAGGACCGCCAGGAAAUCCAGGUCAACCCGGAGGACCAGGUCAGCCAGGACCGCCUGGAGCUGACGGACAGCCAGGAACUGAUGCGGUGAGUGAAAAUGGGAAAAAUUUGAGAUUAAGGUUUUUUUCAGGCCUAUUGCCCAUGCCCGCCUAGAACUGGCGCUGGAGGCGGUGGAGGAGGAUACGCUGGUGCUGACGCGGCCGCAGCUGCUCCAGCUCCAGUUGAGAGCUAUUCCGGUGGAGGUGGUGCUGCUCCAUCUGGAGGCUCAUACGCUGGCGGAGCUAGUGCUGAAGCUGCUCCUUCUGGAGGCUCAUACGCUGGAGGAUCCGGUGCUGGAGCUGCUCCUUCUGGAGGCUCAUACGCUGGAGGAUCUGGAGCUGGUGCUGCUCCUUCUGGAGGCUCAUACGCUGGAGGAUCUGGUGCUGGAGCUGCUCCAUCCGGUGGAUCUUAUGCUGGAGGAUCUGGAGCUGGAGCUGCUCCAUCUGGAGGAUCCUAUCCAGGCGGAGCCGAAGCCGCUGGAGGUGGCUCGUAUCCUGGACGUCGCCGACGUGUGCUCAAGCACGCCGCCUAA